AUGGAUUUUUUAGAUGAAGUAUUAAGCAUCGAGGAUAAGGCUUUCCAAGAGGGAUAUGAAAUUGGGAAGAAAAUUGCUGAAGAAACUAAUAGAAAAGCUAGUCAUUUAGAAGGAUUUGAAAUAGGGAAAAAAAUCGGCUGAGAAAUUGGGUAUAUCAAAGAAUACGCUAUGAUUAUUGGAGAAAAUCCACCCACAGAGAGAAUCCGAAAAUUAUCAGAAAGCAUUCAGCAGUUUGACAUAACCCCAGACUUAGAUUUCGAAGAAUUUGAAAUGAAAUUAAACACACUAACUCCCCCCCUCCGUGAGUGAACAAAACCAUUAGAAAAAUCCCUAUUUUUUGCCAAAAAACCCACCCUCCGUGAGUGAACAAAACCAUUAGAAAAAUCCUAUUUUUGCCUAAAAACCCACCCCUGUGAGUGAACAAAAAUUUUUUUAAUAGAAAAAAAUUUUGAUAUAUAAGUGAUAAUUAGUAUAAUGAAUCUAGAGCUAAUUCUGUUUAAUUUUAAACAAUUUGCUUUUUAAAACAUAAAUUUUACAAAUUAAAUUAAUAUUUGCUUUCCAAUUUUUGCAAAUUAGGAUUUUUUUAAAUUUUGGAAAAAAAAAUAUUUUAUAAAAUUUACACAUAAAUUUUUUUAAAACAAAAAUUAACCCCCCUCCGUGAGUAAACAAAAUUUUUUUGUUCACUCACGGAGGGGGGGAGUAAGAGCUCUCUAUAAAAACAUUUUAUCCUUACUAAAGGUAAAGCCAUCAUUAUCUACUCCAAGUGAUAUUUUCUAG